AUGGCCUUUGAAGAAGGAGAAGGCUUCAGCGAGAUAUUAAAAAGUAUAAUAUAUUUAGUCGUUCUCAUUGGGGCAGCUAAUGUUGGCAAAACAGCCCUUGUCUAUCGUUAUGUUUUAAACGAGCUUCCAGUCGCUCUUACGUCAACAAUUGGAGUCGAGUUCACUAAAAGAGUUGUUACACACAUGCCAACAGGCCAAAAAAUACAACUGCAUAUAUGAGAUACAGCAGGCCAAGAACGUUUUAAAAGUGUAACAAAACAUUAUUAUCGAGGAGCAGACGUGUGCAUUAUUGCUUAUGAUAUAUCGAAUCGAGAUUCAUUUGAAGAAGUCCCAAACUGGCUAGCUGAGCUAAAUAAUUAAAUAUGGCGUCUCAACUUGAGUCUGGCCUUUCGGCCAGACAGUUUCGAGCCCUAUUUAAUUAUAUCCGGCAAGGUUUUGCCUAGCUAGAGAUGGACAGCAAUAUCAGGUAAGCAAUUCUGGCAGUGUACAGAGCCUGAUCCUAGUCCGUUCUCAGGUUAGGAUUUUACCUCGAAGGAAUAGGAGGCUUGGAGUUGGAGAGGAGAAGCCCAGCAGUGCCUACAGGUAAUUCCUAGGCCAUUGGGCAAGUCUCUAGCGAGAAACCGGGAGUUUCGCCCCGGGCUACAAGUUUUUCCUUUUUGCCGAAAGUCAGCCAGAAAUUCCAUUUUUUUGGAAUUUCCCAGCAGACAACCCUCGUUACAGAGAAAGUAGCUCAAUCAUGAGCCGUCGAAGCUGGAACAUCGCGCAGGAGGCGUGCGUUGGAGAUCAAAGCUAGCUGUCCCAGCAACUAGUGGGGCCCCCGAGCGACGAGAGCGUGGUGGUAGUCCUGGAAGAGCAACCCCGUAGGAGACGUUAAACGUCAUGGUUAAUAAGUUAAGUUACGUUAAGGCUAGCUGAGCUAAAAGACAAUACCCCUGAAGAGUGCAUCGUCUGCUUAUUAGGCAACAAAAUGGAUCUAGAAGUAACAAAUCAUAGAAGAGUCACACGAGAAGAAGCUCUGAGAUAUGCUAAUUCCCAUGGACUUGUCUAUCAUGAAACUUCAGCAUUCUGGGACAGAGAAGUGCAAAUGAACCCUGAUAACAUCGUAGGAGGCAUAGAAAAGAUAUUUGACAAAACAAUAGGCACUGCUUUAGGGAGACACAGCCUUAAAGAUGAGCCAAAAGAAGUUUUAAAAAACAAUGAAAAAGGCGUGAAACUAGAUUUGCAGCAGCUUUACACGUAUCAUGCUGAUACAAGAUGUGGGUGCUAA